AUGGCGGCUAGCCUUUACAGUCUCAACAGGCAGGCCGAGGCAGAAAAGUAUUGGCUAGCGGUAAUUCGCAUUCGGCCUCAGUGCCUAGAAGCCGUUGAGCACUUGGUAGGCCUUCUGUAUAAAAGAAGGAGCAAGGAAGCUGUUGAUAUCAUCCAGUACAUCCAACAGGCGCUCGUUAUUCCCCGACCUGCGUCCUCGAAUGGGCUCUCCGUCAUGGACGGGCACUUCGAGUUUCCGGAUGUGCCGAACACGGAGUUCUCGGGAUGGACUAGUGAAGCACUAUUAUCUCCCGGGAUUUGUUGCCAUGAGUCUGGCGGAUUCGGCUCAAGUGGUUAUUCAAUCCCUGGCAGUGACAACGGUAGAAUGCUCGCCCUCAUUCACGCAAAGGGUACAAUGCUUUACAGCCUCAAGGAUGUUGGGGGGGCGGCCGAGGCAUUUGAAGAAGCCGUCCUCAUCAGCACGGAUCGGAGGAUAAGCUGUAUCAAUCAUCUCGUGCGGAAAAUCCAAUACGUUCUAACGCCGGACGCCCUUAAGUCCGGGGAGUUGACAACGGGGACUCUCGAUGGCACUCCCUUGCUCCUUCCCCCUCACCGAGCUCGCCACACUGCGCAAUUGGUAUUCCCAGCAUCCGGCGAGCUACCUGGGCUUCGCUACGUACCUGAGGGCAGUCCCAGAAAGGCCGCCAUUCAAACCACCAGCAACUCACUUCUCUCCUUGGCGAAGAUUUUUCAGGAUGCUAUGUCCACUGGGACAUCUUCUAUUGGGCGCAUCCAACAUGUUUUCGGUGUCGGGGAUAUCCUUGCACUCUACUACUUGUCAUUGUCCCUGCAAGAAAGUCCGUCCACGGCCAAUAAUGUUGGAAUUCUUUUGGCAAGUGUUCAACAAGCGUCCAGCCCUUACCCGCGCGAAGUUUUCGAGGCUCACCACCACCCUCACAUACCUGGAAUUGUGCCAGGGAGCGGACUGUCGCUUGCAUUGGCUUACUACAAUUACGGACUGGGCAUCGACCCUAAGCAUGUUCACCUACACACGAAUCUUGGGAGCCUGCUCAAGGACAUCGGUCAGCUUGAUCUUGCCAUUCAGAUGUAUGAGCAAGCGGUGGCCUGCGAUGGCACCUUUGAUAUCGCCCUAACCAAUCUCGCCAAUGCAGUUAAAGAUCGAGGGAGAAUAGGCGACGCCAUCAUGUACUACAAGCGUGCAGUUGGGGCCAAUCCCGACUUUGCUGAAGCUGUGUGUGGUCUCGCUUCGGCACUUAAUUCCGUAUGCGACUGGAGAGGCCGUGGCGGUGUGCUCCUGGUUGGGGGGAAGUAUGAUCGUUGGCAUGUCGAUGAAGAGGGCAUGCUUCAUGAUGCCCUUGACCAGGGACAAGGAACCGGCCUUACGAAUCGGGUUGUGUCGAUUGUCCGGCGACAACUAGACGACUCUGCUAGCUGGGGCUGUGGGGUCAUUCAGGAUGACAUCAUUUCCAUGAUUGAGACACAAAUGAACGUCCUCACGCGCGAUGCUGAGGGCCUAACGUUUGAAGUUCGCUCCGAGCUGCGGAAAUGGUCAAGAAACCCCUGGGAAGGCACGCGGAUGCAAUCAGUAUUCGGCUUGCAUAACCGUUCGAGGGUGAAGGCAUUCUGUUACGCCAGCACGCCAAGCGACAAUUCCAUCCACAGGCAAAAGAUUGAGCGCGAGGCUCCCGUAUUUCGCGACGUAAACGGCUGGUCCGCUGAUAAACUCGUUCAACAAAUCGUCCAAGAUGGUGUUCACAUACUAGUCAAUCUGAAUGGGUACACCAGAGGAGCUCGAAACGAAAUCUUCGCUGCACGUCCGGCACCAAUACAGAUGUCAUUCAUGGGCUUCGCUGGAACCCUCGGGGCCGAAUGGUGCGAUUACAUCCUCGCGGAUGAGACCGCCAUACCUCUGGAAACUCUGAGGCCUUGGCGUAGUAAUAGAGACCCAGUAGACAUCUUCCGAGACCACAACGAGGAUGAGGGCGGCAAUUGGGUCUAUUCUGAAAACAUUAUUUUCUGCAAGGACACCUUCUUCUGCUGUGAUCAUGCACAGUCCUCCGACACCCAUUCCAGAGCAAUGACAUGGGAAGACGAACAGCGCCGAAGAUUCCCUGAGCUCGGCGAGAGCCACUUGAGGCGGACGGCAACAGCAUGGGCAGGUGCGCAUGUUGCGAGUCGGAUCGUCUUUACCGAUGUUGCCCCUAAAGAUCAGCACAUUUCUCGCGCUCGGGUCUGCGACUUAUUCCUUGAUACCCCUGAAUGUAACGCCCACACGACAGCUGCCGAUAUUCUAUGGUCUAGUACGCCCUUGCUUACGCUGCCCCGAUAUCCUUACAAGAUGUGCUCGCGUAUGGCUGCAUCCAUCCUCAGGGGCGCUCUGCCUAAGACGGACGACGGUGCGCAGAUAGCACGUGAGCUAAUCGCAGACAGCGACGAAGAUUAUGAGAAGAAGGCAAUCACACUUGCAAGAGGGCUGACCUAUAGAAUGAGCACCGACGGUCAUGGCAUUGGGCACGGAAGAUUAGCUGAGAUUCGGCAGGUCCUUUACCAGCACCGAUGGACAUGUCCACUUUUUAACACCAGGAGAUGGGUAGUGCAACUGGAGCGCGCAUAUGAAGAAGCCUGGCGGAGAUGGGUGUCGGGUGAAGCCGGUGACAUCUAUCUGUAG